AUGUUUGAUCGCUCGGCUGCAUUGCCGCCUGUGUCUGCAGGAAUGUCCCCGUCCUCGCUCUCUGGGGCCAGCUCUCGUCCGGCCGGCUACGGACAGUCCUGCACCAAUUGCUCCCGCGCCAAGUGCAAGUGCAUUCUAACCGCUGCCGGGGGCGCAUGCGAACGCUGCAGCCGCCUCGGAAAGGAUUGCCAGCCUAUCGCCACGGCGAGGAAAAAGGUUGCCAAGAGAACGGCUGCGUCGCGGACCGCCCAGCUCGAAGAGAAGCUCGAUGACCUCGUCUCUAUACUCAAAAACUCCCAAGGACAUCCCGGCCAAGAACAGCAACAGCAGCAACUCCAGGAACAGAUCGCGCAACAUCGUCAACACCUAGACUACAGCCAUAUGCAGCAUGUCCCGCAGCAAACGAGAUCGCAGACCGCGGCUUUGGACUCGCUGGCCCAGGCCGCGACCACUGAGAGACACAAUGGCCCCAGUAUGAACCGGGGCAACGCAAUUGACCCAAACAUGUCCAGCGGCCAAUUACUGCGCGACCCAACGGCUGAGGAAGCUGAUGUCUAUCUGGCAAAGUUUCGCACCUGGCUACCUGGCCUGCCAUUUCUUCAUCUCCCCUCGGACAUGAGUGCCAAAGCUCUCAAAAUGGAGAGGCCCUUCUUGUGGCUUUCCAUCAUGAACUUGGCUUCAGAUUCCCACUCCCAGCAAUCAUUCUUAAGAGACAAAGUGCGAAGAGAAAUGUCGGAGCGCAUCAUAAUGAAUCACGAGCGCAACAUGGACAUUGUACAGGGCCUUGUUGCCAAUCUGGGAUGGGCCACAUUAAAUACAGGACCGGGUGCCAGGCCUUUUGUCGUUCUGUUCUCGCAGUUGGCGACCUUGGUUAUCUACGAACAGGGAAUGAUGCGCCCGCCGAACCAAGAACACUUCUCUUCCGUUGGCUUCAAAGCCUGGAAUAUGAGUACUCUUACGCCGAAAGCACGCACAAUGGACGAGCGAAGAGCUGUCCUGACGCUGUGGUUUCUCACAUCAAUAUGCAAUGCCCUUACUGCGCGAACAGAGACACUGCCAUGGACCAGCCAUAUGGACGAAUCCCUGAGCAUCCUUGAACGCGGCGAUGAUCAGCACCUUGAUUCUAUGCUCGCAACAAUCAUCAAAAUACAGAGAAUCUGCGACGAAGCACACCGUCUGCUCAUGCAAGACUUGCUCCCUAACGCACCUGAAAAGGACAUUCCAUCAUAUCUCUAUAAACCGAGCCUCCUGGAGAGACUCAACAGCAUCAAAGCGAAUCUACCACCACGAUUUGCCACCAAUUACACCAUUAUUACACAUUUGGUUUCGACAGAAUGCCAAAUUCACGCUAUCGGCUUGUUUUCCAACCAACGAAUACCAGAGACACAAAGCGUCGAGUCCAUGUACCAAUGCCUCAUUUGCAUUCGCGCAUUCUAUGAUUCGUUCUUUUCGAUCCCACUCGGCGAAAUUGCAGGUCUUCCGUUACACACAUACGUCGCUCUAUCCACCAUGCAGGUCAUGCUAUACAGACUUACCAUUUCCGACAAUCCGACCUGGGACAAGGAGGUGGUGCGGCAGACUGUCGAUGUGCUGGACAUUGUGGACAGAACGAUUGAGCUAUUUGAAAGAACGGCAAGCGUAUACCCAAUGCGCGACCAACAGGUCCAGGGCAAUUUGUUCCAAAAAGGCGCAAAGCAGAUGCGCAAUUUGCGCGUCAUGUGGCAGCCCAUUGUGUCCAAGCAUUUCGGUACUAUGCCCACCCCCAACAGCCAGCAAAACAGUGCCAGCAGGGCGGCAACCGAACAGCCUAUGCUAUUGGAUACAAUGGUAGACGGUGAACCUAUUGAUUUUAAUGACAUGUCAUGGAUGGCGGAUAUUUUUGGACCCUGGGGGGAUAUGCAAUAA